AUGGGGCUGCUGUGUUUUCGAGGAAACCUUACCUGUCAAAAGAGCGUCCCGGACGAUGCUGUUCCUCCGGAGCAUGUAGAGCGACGCAGCAAAGUAGCGGUGAGGAUGUUAAAAUUGACGUCCAUUUCUCAAUUGGGCUCACCGGCACCUCUAGCUGGGGAAUACCCAGAAAAGACGCAGGGACCGUAUUCUGUCGAAGGUCACGGCGUCAAGGACUCGCGGGUUUCGGGACCUUCGGCGUGGUCCGUGCCUUCCUUAACGCACAUGGAAUAUGAAUCCUUCGCAGGGGUUUUUGCGGGCGGCGGCGCAGCGUUGGCUCUGCAGUCGUGUGAGGACGCCAAUAUGCCUCACCACCUCAUUCUUGCCGGCGAGGAUGGGAGCCUUGUGCUUGUAAACUACGAGACUGGAGAGACGGUUCGUCGAUGGUGUGGUGCCCAUGGACGUGAUGUAAAUGCGUUGACGCGGCCAUUGAGCAGUGGCAUUUUCGCUUCAGCCAGUCGAGAUAAAUUAGUCAAAGUUUGGGAACUUCAUUGCGAAGAGGCAGUUUGCGAGCUACGCGGUCACACGGCGAAUGUCACAGGUGCUACGAUGGUUGCGGACAACAACUUUCUGGUGUCAGGGAGCCGUGACAACACGGUUCGUCUGUGGGACUUGGAGCAGGCUGAGGAGGUGCAGCGCGGCGACAUCAAACAAAACAUCGUGCAGUUUGUGCGGUGGGUGCCCCAACUGCGCUGUGUCGCGCAAGGCGGCGAAGACCUGACGGUGCGAUUGUGGGAUGUGCGCAUGAGUGCCAGUGGUCACAAAGCUCUGGGGCUCAGUUUGGCUUCCACACUUACUUGCAUCGACUAUCAUCCCAUCUGCUGCGAGCUACUACCCGGCGAGGAGGGAACUGGGCUCUUGACGGGGCAUAAUGGGUUCAAUGGGCAUGGAGCCUAUGUGCUGCAGUGGGACCUGCGCAUGCAAAAAUGUCUACGCACGUUCCACGGCCACAGCGGCACGGUUCGAAGUAUACGAAUCCGCCCCCAGCCGGAGUCAUCCACGACUCAAGAGUUUAUGAGCACAGGUGACGAUGAGGCCAUAGUUUUCUUUUCUAUGGAUGCUGCUUCUGCGGAAACGGUGGUGAUUGCCGACCCAAGGCGUAUGUUCAAACUCAACGAGGGUCGUGUGACAUGUCUUGACGCGCGUGCGAACGGCGAUAUUUUUGCCUCGACGUGGAGCGGGGCCGUGGUGGUACUGCGUCCCACGUCCCCCGACGGUGAAAUUACAAUGCCUGUGAAACGGUACAGGUGCUUUGGAGCAGAGGGACAGCCAAGCUGA